CUUUACUACUGGUGCGGUAUGAUUUAUUUAAGUAUCACAGAUUGAACUUUUUUAUGCUCAGCAAUCGAGUACUUUUGACAGGUCUUUUAGUGCUCAGUACUCAGUACUCAGUCCUCGUUCAGCCGUCAAUAAAUUGUUAAAUUUGAAGGCGAUGAGGGUUAAACGCUUUUUCUGCUGAGCCUCGAACAGUUCUGUUCCUUGGCCCUUGACCGUGUGAAAGAAAUAACAAAUUCGGAGUCGUUGCUCACCGGCGGCCCUGGCUUGUUCAAUAACCACGACGGUGAACGCUGCGACGGUCGUUCGCUGCUCAUCGACAUCGCCAGCUCGCCAUCCCACAACGUGACCCUCUUUCUCUUGUCUUUGUUUUUUUCCCCUCUUUCUCUGUUUCUUCUCCCCUCUCAUAAUCAAUGUCGACAUCGGCAUCGGCAUCGACGUCCACCUCACCUACAAGUUCAAAUGUGCACCCGCAUCUGGAGAAUAACGAUGAGAAGAACAGCGUCGUGAUCAAGGUCGGGAUGGUGGGCGACUCGCAGAUCGGCAAGACGAGUCUAAUGGUCAAAUACGUCGAGGGCAGCUUUGACGAGGACUAUAUCCAGACGCUGGGCGUAAACUUCAUGGAAAAGACCAUUUCCGUCCGGCGAACAACGAUAACGUUCUCAAUAUGGGACCUUGGCGGCCAGCGCGAGUUUGUGAACAUGCUCCCGCUUGUGUGCAAUGAUGCGGUGGCGAUUCUGUUCAUGUUUGACCUAUCGAGGAAGAGCACAUUGAAUUCCGUCAAGGAGUGGUACCGGCAGGCGAGGGGUUUUAACAAGACAGCGAUACCCUUCCUGAUUGGCACCAAAUUCGACCAAUUUGCGACUUUUCCUAGAGACGAGCAGGAAGAGAUCACGAAGCAAGCGAAGCGCUUCGCACGGGCGAUGCAUGCAUCCCUCAUCUUCUGCUCCACGUCCUCGUCAAUAAACGUUCAAAAGAUAUUUAAAAUCGUUCUGGCCAAGGCGUUUGACCUCAAGUGUGUGAUUCCGGAGAUUGAAGGUGUGGGCGAGCCGGUGCUGAUUUAUGUGGAUGUAUGAGUAUAGUUUGAUGCGCUGGUCAGGGCGCGUGAGAGCGUCUGAUAUUCGGGGAACCCCGGCUACGGUGGGAAUGGAUGCUCCUGCGAUGAUUUGGAGCGCCGUUGGAUCACUCUUUGUUGGUGGUCGGCGUCCCUUGUGAGGUCCAGUGUACCAUUAGUGAAAUGUAUGGACGUGAGAAGAAAGACCACAUCCUCCAUUCCUCUCCCCUCUUGUCGCCAAUUGAUAUCUCGUUUCAUCGUACCUAGUCAUCUCUUCCUAUACCUUACAACUCGAUUUCCUUUUUCUUUGACUAUUAUGUCGCUUACACUCUUUAACAAUUCAAAUGUUUUAUCGGUUU